GGGCCGGCGGAGGGGCGGCCUCGGGAGGGUGCGCGGGUCGCGAGGCGGCGGCGGCGGCGGCAGCGGUGGCGGCGGGAGGAGAGGUGCCGCGGGGAAGAGACUCUGAGAGCUGCCAGCGGCCUGCUGUGACCGAGCUGCUGCCCCAGCAUCGCCCGAGAUCUUCACGUCCGCCCGGGGUAACAAGAGGGGUCCCCCAGAGCACAGCGCCCGGUCUCUACAUGAAGCUGAAGUGAGAGGAGCCAGCUGCCGGGGCCCCACGUCCACGGCCAGGAUGGCCAAGGCCCGGCUCUUCCGCCUGUGGCUGGUCCUGGGCUCUGUGUUCAUGAUCCUCCUGAUCAUCGUGUACUGGGACAACGUGGGCACGGCCCACUUCUACCUGCACACUUCCUUCUCCAGGCCGCACCCCCUGGAGGGCCUGCCCACCGCCGGGCAGCGGGAAGAGAAGGAGCUCCCGGCCGACGUGGACGAGUUUUUGGAGAAGCUGCUCAGUGGUGGCGCGAAGCAGAACGUCGUUUCCGGGAAAAAGCUGGAGCAGCCCUCCCUGCUGGCCUCCGGCAGGCCUGUGCUGAGCAACGUGGAGGAGAGGAUAAGGGGCUACGACUGGUCCACGCACGGCGCGCAGCAGAGCCCAGACCUGGACCGCCGGCAGGCCGAGAGGAGGAGCGUGCUGCGGGAGCUCUGCGCCAACGCGAGCUUCGUGUUCCCCACCAAGGAGCGCUCCUUCGACGACAUCCCCAACUACGAGCUGAACCACCUCAUCGUGGACGACCGCCACGGCGUCAUCUACUGCUACGUGCCCAAGGUGGCCUGCACCAACUGGAAGCGCGUGAUGAUCGUGCUGAGCGAGAGCCUCUUGGACCAGGGCGCGCCCUACCGCGACCCCCUGGACAUCCCCCGGGAGUACGUCCACAACUCCAGCACCCACCUCACCUUCAACAAAUUCUGGCGUCGCUACGGGCGGUUCUCGCGCCACCUGAUGAAGAUCAAGCUGAAGAAGUACACCAAGUUCCUGUUCGUGCGGGACCCCUUCGUCCGCCUCAUCUCCGCCUUCCGCAGCAAGUUCGAGCUGGAGAACGAGGAGUUCUACCGCAAGUUUGCCGUCCCCAUGCUCAAGAUGUACUCCAACCACACCAGCCUGCCCGCGUCGGUCAGCGAGGCCUUCAGCGCCGGCCUCAAGGUGUCCUUCGCCAACUUCAUCCAGUACCUUCUGGACCCGCACACCGAGAAGCUGGCGCCCUUCAACGAGCACUGGCGGCAGGUGCACCGGCUCUGCCACCCCUGCCAGAUAGACUACGACUUUGUGGGCAAGCUGGAGACGCUGGACCAGGACGCGGCCCAGCUCCUCCGGCUCCUCAAGGUGGACAAGCUUCUCCACUUCCCGCCCAGUUACCGCAACAGGACUGCCAGCAGCUGGGAGGACGACUGGUUCGCCAAGAUCCCCCUGGCCUGGAGGCAGCAGCUUUACAAACUCUAUGAAGCCGAUUUUGUUCUCUUUGGCUACCCCAAGCCCGAAAACCUGCUUCGAGACUGAGGGAGUUAGGGGGAAAUCCCCAACACCCAAAACAACCCUGCUGGUGGUGUUCCUUUAAACCCGAAUGAGCGGCGUGCUGUACCACGGCCAUCUUUUGAGGAGGGAGCGACGGGUGCCACGUGUAUUUUUUUAUGGCUUCGUUUCCCUCCCCCUUGGACACAUUGCAGAAUUCCACGACACUCCUGUCGACGAGGCAGCUGGAAGGUCCCCGUGGCCGCCCCCCCGCAAUCCAGUUUUUAAAAUAACCGACCGUUUUGCAAUCUAGACUGUUUACCACGCUGCCUAUAUCCAUUGAGGACUGUGUUAAUAUUGUUUUUUUAAGAUUAAUAUAUUUCAGAUAUUUAAUAUGAAAAGUGGGGAAGGAGUUGAUGGAGUAAAAUGUUACAUCUGCUC